AUGGACACCAUUGAUUUUGUGUCCUCAGCGAUCAUCUCCACUCACUCUAACCCCAAACUCCUUUCAUUCUCCAAACCAAAACCCAAAUUCAAAAUUAUAACCAAACCUUACUCUCUCACUCACUCCUUUCGUCUUUCUAACCUCAGAGUUUCCGCCAUCAAGGAUCACAAUCCCGACUCACAAGUAACUAAACCUCCAUCGGUGGAAAAUGGCGAUGAAGAACUUGACCUUGGAUGGUUACCCGCUUUCCCUCACGUUCUCAUCGCUUCAAUGUCCAAUUUCACAUUCGGUUAUCAUAUCGGGGUCAUGAAUGGUCCUAUUGUUUCAAUUGCUCAGGAACUUGGUUUUCAGGGAAACUCUUUCAUUGAGGGACUUGUUGUUAGUAUAUUUAUCGCUGGCGCGUUUAUUGGGAGCUUAGCCACUGGUUCUUUGGUUGAUAAACUUGGUUGUCGUCUCACUUUUCAAAUUGAUACCAUACCCUUGAUCCUUGGGGCCAUAAUAAGUGCAAAUGCACACUCUUUGGAUGAGAUACUUUGGGGAAGGUUUCUUGUUGGUCUUGGUAUAGGUGUGAAUGCUGUUCUUGUUCCGAUAUAUAUAUCUGAGGUUGCUCCAACAAAAUAUAGGGGUUCCCUAGGGUCCUUAUGUCAAAUUGGCACUUGUCUUGGUAUUAUCGCAUCACUAUCUCUUGGAAUUCCUUCUGAGAAUGAUCCACACUGGUGGAGGACAAUGCUGUAUAUUGCAAGUGUCCCUGGUUUUAUUGUUGGUCUGGGUAUGCAAUUUGCUGUUGAUAGCCCACGCUGGCUUUGCAAGGCUGGGAGAAUAAAUGAUGCGAAAAAAGUAAUACGGGAGCUUUGGGGAGCAUCUGAAGUUGAGAGGGCAAUUGAAGAGUUUCAAUCUGUCAGCAAGAAUGAUGGCAGUGAUUUAGACAGCAGAUGGUCAGAGAUCUUGGAUCAGCCACAUUCUAGAGUUGCCUUCAUUGGAGGUGCUCUUUUUGUACUUCAGCAGUUUGCAGGCAUAAAUGCAGUUCUUUAUUUUUCAUCAUUGACCUUUCAUGAUGUCGGAAUUCAAAGCAGUGCUCUAGCGAGCUUGUUUGUCGGACUUACAAACUUUGCAGGUGCCCUUUGUGCUUUAUACUUAAUUGAUAGGGAAGGGAGGCAAAAACUUAUUAUAGGAAGCUAUUUAGGAAUGGCGAUUUCAAUGUUUCUUGUGGUCUAUGCUGUCAUCUUUCCAUUGGAUGAGCAAAUCAGCAACAACUUAUCGAUAUUAGGAACUAUCAUGUAUAUAUUCUCUUUUGCAAUUGGAGCUGGCCCUGUAACUGGCAUCAUUAUACCAGAGCUUAGCAGCACCAGGACACGAGGGAAGAUCAUGGGGUUCAGUUUCUCAACCCAUUGGGUUUGCAACUUUGUGGUGGGAUUGUUCUUCCUUGAGUUGGUGGAGAAAUUUGGAGUUGCACCGGUAUAUGCUAGCUUUGGAGCAGUUUCCCUGUUAGCUGCGGCAUUUGCCCAUUACUUCUUGGUAGAAACUAAGGGGCGAUCUCUUGAAGAAAUUGAACGGUCCUUAAACCCGAAAGCUUGA